AAUGAGGGAAAGACGCAGGAGCACACAGGAAGAGUGGUUAUUUCGCAAUCUGCAUACACGCCCUGGUGGAAAGGAGCUUUCAGUUUCAGUAGCUCCACAUGCUAGGAGAGAAACGCCAUGGCUGACAACAUCCUCAGAGCAAAGAGGAAGCAGUUCGUCAAUUCAGUGGGUGAAGGGACAAUAAAUGGCUUGCUGGAUGAACUCUUGGAGAAGAAAGUCCUGAACCAAGAAGAGAUGGAGAGAAUAAAACUUGUAAAAGCCACUGUUACGGACAAGGCAAGAAACCUGUGUGAUUCUGUUACCAGGAAAGGACCCCAGGCAAGCCAAAUUCUACUCUCUUACAUUUGUAAAGAGGACAGCUACCUAGCAGGAGUUCUGGAGCUUCAAUCAGGUACACCAGCUGCAAAUACUGUUAGUACAGAUGAUAUCCAGGGAGGACAUUCUUCUUUCUCAGAAAUAAAGGAAGAACAGAACAAAGAAGGUGACACAUUUCUGGUACCACGUGUGAACCUCAAGUUAUGCUCCUCAGAAAGUGCUCAAAAGAUUCGGGAAAAAAAUUAUCCAGAGAUUUAUCCAAUAAUGGAUAGGUUCACUCGUACACGUCUUGCUCUCAUUAUCUGCAACACAGAAUUUGACCAUCUUCCUAGGAGGGAUGGAGCUGAUAUAGACCUCAGAGAAAUGAGGUUGCUGCUGCAGGGUCUGGGAUAUACUGUGAAGGAGAAAGAAAAUCUCACAGCUCUGGCGAUGACUAAUGCAGUAAAGGAAUUUGCUGACCGCCCAGAGCACACGACUUCUGACAGUACUUUCCUUGUAUUCAUGUCCCACGGUAUCCAGGAAGGAAUAUGUGGCAAAUCACACUCUGAUAAAGAAGCAGAUAUUUUAAAACUAGAUACUAUUUUUGUAAUGAUGAACACAUUGAAGUGUCCAAGCCUGAAAGACAAGCCCAAAGUUAUCAUCAUUCAGGCCUGCCGUGGGGAGAACAGAGGAGUGGUGCUGGUAAAAGAUUCAGUAGGAGACACUGGAAAGAAAUUCUUAGUGGAUGCGGAUUUGGAAGAUGACGGCAUUAAGAAAGCCCACAUAGAAAAGGAUUUUAUCACUUUCUGCUCUUCAACACCAAAUAAUGUUUCUUGGAGACACCCUACCAAGGGCUCUAUUUUCAUUAUGGAACUCAUCAAACACAUGGAAGAAUAUGCUUGCUCUUGUGACUUGGAGGAUAUUUUCAGAAAGGUUCGAUUUUCAUUUGAUCAACCAGGAUUUAGUUUACAGAUGCCCACCACUGAAAGGGUGACUUUGACAAAACGUUUCUACCUUUUCCCAGGACAAUAAAAUAAGAGCCAAGAUUUCCAUCAUUCUGUACCUCUUUGGGGAAUCAUGUCAAUCAGAAGCAACAUUUCUCUAAAUGAUGCAAUAAAUUUCAAACAAAACUGAAA